UUUGCAAAUAAUGACCGCCACGGAUGCUGUACUGAUGGCUUCAUGUUGCAGUGCCAUCAAUUAAAAAGAUUGCAUCAGCCUAAUAAUUCUCUCAAGAAGUUGAGGUUUUCGACAUCUUCGUUGAAAAUGGUUCUAGAUCUAGAGUUAUUUCGGUCCGAUAAAGGUUGUUGUCCUGAAAAAAUUAGAGAAAAUCAAAGCAAACGUUUUAAAGAUGUCACGUUAGUCGAUAAGGUUGUCGAGGCUGAUGAGAAAUGGAGAAAACUGCGUUUUCAAGCUGAUAACUGGAAUAAAUUAAAAAACUUAUGCAGUAAAACUAUUGGCUUAAAAAUGAAGAAUAAAGAACCAGAAGGUGAAAGUGACUUACUACCUGAUAGUCUUUCAAAUAUAGAAGAGUUACAGGCUCUGAAUCCAGAUACUCUAGAGAAAUUUACAGUGUUGCAAAUAAAAAGAAUUCGAGGACUAAUUGAUGACUACAUAAAUAAAUGUGAAUCGGAAAGAGUUGGUUGCGAAAAAGUGCGUCAUGAAUGUUUAUUUGAAGUUGGAAAUUGGUUGCAUGAUAGUGUAGUUGUUAGCAAUGACGAGGAAGAGAAUGAAAUAGUACGUGUAGUUGGAGACUGUACUACAAAGAAAAAGUUUUCUCAUGUUGACUUACUUGCAAUGAUUGAUGGAGUUGAUUAUGAAAGAGGUGCUAAUGUAGCUGGCAAUAGAGGAUAUUUUUUAAAAGGUCCAGGAGUUUUAUUGCAGCAAGCUUUAAUCAAUCUUGCUUUACAAACUUUAGUGGGAAGUGGAUAUACGCCUAUUUAUACACCUUUUUUUAUGAGGAAAGAAGUUAUGCAAGAGGUUGCACAAUUGAGCCAGUUUGAUGAGGAGCUUUAUAAGGUUGUUGGAAAAGGUAGCGAGCGUGAUGAUGACACUGCAGUGGAAGAAAAGUAUUUAAUUGCAACAAGUGAACAACCCAUUGCUGCAUUUCAUCGUGGUGAGUGGAUGAGCACUAGUGAUCUUCCUAAAAAAUAUGCUGGUAUAUCUUCAUGUUUUCGGCAAGAGGUUGGUUGUCAUGGAAGAGAUACACGUGGUAUAUUUCGUGUACAUCAAUUUGAAAAAGUUGAACAAUUUGUAAUAUGCUCGCCUCAUGAUAAUGAAUCUUGGAAACAUUUAGAUGAAAUGGUUAAUAAUGCUGAAAAGUUUUACCAAGCCUUGAAUAUUCCAUACAGAAUUGUUGGAAUAGUCUCAGGAGCUUUAAAUAAUGCAGCAGCUAAAAAGUUAGAUCUAGAAGCAUGGUUUCCAGGGAGUGGAGCGUUCAGAGAAUUAUGUUCAUGUUCGAAUUGCACUGAUUAUCAAGCUCGACGGCUACUUGUUAGAUACGGGCAGACAAAGAAAAUGAAUGACAAGACGGAGUUCUGUCACAUGCUAAAUGCAACUAUGUGUGCGAGUACUCGUGUAAUUUGCUGUAUUCUUGAAAAUAAUCAAACCGAAGAAGGUAUUAUUGUUCCAGAGUUGUUAAGACCUUUUAUGGGAAAUGUAGAAUUCAUAAAGUAUGUUAAAACAGCCCCUAUUGAAGGAAAUAAAGAUGUAAAAGGAAAAUCUAACAAGAAAAAACCCGAAAAGAUUGAAGAAAAUUUGAAAAAUUUAGACGUAAAAGAAUAAACUUUAAACAUUUAGUAAUUUUUUUCGGCUUAUACUUAAACAUUUAGUUUUAGAAAAUUGGUAUGAAUGGUGUUUUUCUAUUGUUGUCGGUAUUUUUAAUGUUAUUAGUAAUUUGUUUCGGCUUAUACUUAAACUAUUGUAUACGACACCCAUUAUAUAUGAUUUUUAUUAGGUUUUAGUAAAGUAGUAAAAAUUAUUUUUGAAAGCUAUUUAUAUUUUGAA